CGACCCGGAUUGUGGUGACAUCACUAAGGUGUCUGUGUUUGCGUUGGGCUCCUCGGUACCGUGCAGAACCGUGUCUUUGUAGCGUUGUGGUCUUGGCUUUGCCCAGUGUUGCUGAGGAGGGGCGGUGCUUCUGCAAAGACGAGCACGAUCCGCUCUCUCUCCGCUCAUUCCGCGGACAGACCUGCGCUCGGCUUGCUGAGUCUUAUUCAGCUCCAGCAUCGCCUGCAUUCUUCUAGAAGGUUACAAAUCCAGCACAGUCUAAGUGUUUUUUUGUUUUAAUUUUUUUAUAUAAACAUAAACAAUAAAUAGCCGACUUUGAAAUCGAGAAUCCGCAAGUAGCUUUCGGCAGGAAAAGUGUUUUUACAUUACUGUUUAUCACACAGCAGCAGCCGGUGCAGAUUUCGCAAACAUCCACUUCUUUACGGAUCAGUGAUGUUGGUGAGGACGUAAUCCCUUCACACCAUCCCAAGAACCGGCUUACCUUGGAAAAGUACGAUUCCUCCUGCUGGAAGAUGAUGGCUGCAGCGUGCUGAAGCAGGACGACCUCAGUCUCCCCCCGGUCCCACUCUCACUCUCACCCUCACUCUCUCUCAAUGACUUCCCGGAGUCAAAGCUUCUUCCACCACCAUCACCACCAGCAGCAGCAGCAACCGCACCGGAGCUCAGUGGUGCCCACGUCAUUGCCCAGGCUGGUGCACGAGACCAGUGUGCUGGGGGGGAUCGCGCAGAUCACCCCCUCCCUCUUCCUGAGCCGUGGCAAUGUGGCCUCCAACCGCAGCCUCCUGCUGUCCAAGGGCAUCACCUGCGUGGUGAACGCCACCAUCGAGCUGCCCAACUUCAACUGGCCCCACGUGGAGUACGUGAAGGUGCCCCUGGCCGACGUGCCCCACUCCCCCAUCUCCCUGUACUUCGACAGCGUGGCUGACAAGAUCCACAGCGUGGGGCGCAAGCGGGGGGCCGUGCUGGUGCACUGCGCCGCCGGGGUGAGCCGCUCCGCCACUCUCUGCCUGGCGUACCUCAUGAAAUACCACCGCAUGUCGCUGGCUGAAGCCCACGCCUGGGUGAAGUCGCGGCGGCCCGUCAUCCGCCCCAACGCUGGCUUCUGGAAGCAGCUCAUCGAGUACGAGCGCAGACUGUUCGGCAGGAGCAGCGUCAAAAUGGUGCCCACUCCCUACGGGGUCGUUCCCGACGUCUGCGAGAGGGGCCGCAGGAACCUGCCCCCCUACUGGGGCAUUUAGAGGAGAGGAGAGGGGGACAGGGGUCGAGUGGAGUUCUCCCUUCAGCGGUUUCCAGGCCUACUGGAGCGUGAAGAGCAGUGGUUCUCGAAUCCAGUUACCUUUUUUUUUUCCCCCCCUCAAAAGAGUUUGGUUUAAAAAAACAAACAAAACUAAAGCAGUAACAGCUUCUUGCUGCCCUGGGUUCCCCACCCCCUGAACAUCCUGGGGCAAGCUUGGAACAGAGUUCCCUGCUCCCCUUAACCCUUGAGCUCUGCAAUCCACAAUCCUGAUACCCCAAGAGUCUCUCCUCAAUCCUACGCUAGCCUGGUCCUGGGAACCCAAAACACUGCAACCAACGCGUCCGUCUGUACAGAACAGGAGCAGAGGGGAGAGGCUGCAAGCUUUGCAGAUUAAUAUUGUCGUACUGUGUGUCAAAACUAGUUGGAGGUGGUAAUGAUGUAUCUGUGAUCCACUAGGGGAUCUUCUCUGUAAUCUGAUUUCGAUGCUUUACCAGGGGGGAGGCGGCCAAAUUCAGGCGGUGGGUCAAGUUGAUACCAGACCGACCCCUGGGCAGCCAGUCUGUUUGGCUAUAGUGUAACUGAUAUCAAUUAAAUUGCUGUGUAUAAAACACAAGAGGAGUUUAAGAGUUUAGCGGUGAUGUUUAGUUUGGGGUUAAGCUAGCAUUUAUCUUGUAGGCAAAGUGUCCUUAAUAGAUUAGCCAUAUGGGUGAACAUAUGUGCUGAAGUUUUUUUUUUUACAUGUGCUUGGUCCAGUUCAAUGCGCUAUCAUCUCAUACACGCUCUCCACGAGGUGACCCCCCCCCCCGGGAAACAGUUUGGUGCACCGACUCCUCAGCCGUUAUGAAGAUUUCAAUAUUUUAUAGAUUCAAUUUUCAUAGCAUUUUGUGGAGUUUGAGUCCACAGAAUACCAGAAUGGUUAAGAAAAUGAACAUGCAUUUCCUAGAUGUACUGUAAACAAAAUACGUGAUUAACGGAGCAGAAGAUUAAAACACUAUUUAGGGUGUAAGCACUCCCUACUUGCAUAUAACAACCACGAUUAUUUUACCGACAGCUGUGAUAAAUCACAGUGAGGGGCAUUUUCAAGCAGCUUAACAGAGUUGCUCAAAUCAAGAUGUUUUAGAUGUUGCAGCUGACUCUUCCCAAGGUUAAAAACGUCUUUAAAAAUGUCACCUCGUACAAGCAGCCUUUUUAUUCAUGGCCUUAAAAACGGGAAAGGCUUAUUAAGCACGUGCUGUGGAACGAGACGAAGAGCACAAACAAUCCGAGGUCACUUAUUGCAAAAGCAGAAAAGACGAGUGAAACCUCCGAGCCGUUAGCUUUGCAUGGCUGAACGAUGGGGGGGGUGGGUUUCGAAGCCCGUCUGUAAACCACAGAGAUGUUGGAUCCAUUGUUCUGGACUGUCUCCGAUUCAAUCUUCAGCCUGGGAUAUCAUCAAUAACAAAUAAGAAACCGGAUCUACAUGUUACUGGUUGUUUUGUCUUUAAAAAGUUACUUCAUUGAUAGAGUUUAGGUGCUAGAUUAACAUAUGUAACACAUAAAGCACUAAUUAAAAAAAAAAAAUUAAAUAAAAGUUAAUAGAUUAUUAAAUUAAUAUAUAUAAAUAAAUGAUUAUCACUUCUGUCUAAAA